CCAACACUUCUCGAGUGUCCCUUAAGCCGCCAGGUAAACGGGAACGUGUCUGCCCUCCAGCGAUCCCGCUUUCUUCAUGCCCCAGCAAAACUCAUUGCCGCUCUCUCUCUCUCUCUCUCUCUCUCUCUCUUGAGCAUUCCAUCGCACACUUGCUCCGCGUCGACGCCAGGUGAGUCAGAACCAAAUGCAGCCUCGCAAGCCGCAUUCGACGUGUUGUUCAUGAAGCUUGAAGCCCUUCUCCUCUCCAAAUCUCUCCCCAUGAGGAAUGUCCUCUCCGGUGUCAAACGGCUCGGUUCUGCGGUUCUUGCUAGAGCUUCACAAGUUGACAGUGCAGUUGAGACUACUCUGCGGAGAUGUUUAGCAGUGAGGGGCCCAAUUAGUUCAGAAAUCGGAAGAUGGAAAAAUGAUAGAUUUAUUCCAUUAUACUUGUUGCACAGAUCGUUUUCUACGGGCUUCACAAGCGUACAUGGUGAACGGCCAUCUGCGGAGUAUGCUAAGUUGAGAAAGGAAUCUCUAGAAAGUGAAUUUGGUCAUGCACUUGGAACUUACAGCUCCAAAAAUGUUUCCAUGUUCUUACGAUUUGGUCCAUUCUUGGCUUUUUAUAGAGGUGCAAUUAUUUCGUUCCAUGUGUUGAAGCUAGCCGUUUGGCAAUUUUUUGUUCAUGACAUGAAAAAGCGGUCAGUUAAGUUUCGAGAGACUUUAAUCCGUUUGGGGCCUUUUUAUAUUAAGCUUGGACAAGCUCUGAGCACAAGACCAGAUAUACUACCUACUGUAUAUUGUCAAGAACUAGCUAAGUUGCAGGAUCAAAUACCCCCAUUUCCAACCCGUGUUGCCAUUAAAUCUAUUGAAUCCCAAUUGGGUGUUCCUGUUUCCAAAUUAUUUGCGGACAUCAGCCCCGAGCCAAUUGCUGCGGCAUCCUUAGGACAGGUGUAUAAAGCUCACCUGCAUUCAGGAGAGCUAGUAGCUGUUAAAGUACAGAGGCCGGGCAUGGCACUCUCAUUGACACUGGAUGCCUUGUUAUUCCAUAUGAUAGGAGGCCAAUUAAAGCGAUUUGCUGAAGCUCGAAAGGACCUGCUAGUGGCUGUGAAUGAGAUGGUGAGACACAUGUUUGAAGAAAUUGAUUAUGUCCUAGAGGGACACAAUGCUGAGCGGUUUGCUUCAAUCUAUGCUUGCUACUCCAGCAACGAUCAGAACUCAAAAGGUGCAGCAGGUGAUGCUGUUACCUACACUAAAGCGAAUGGUAUUAAAGUCCCGAAGAUAUAUUGGAACCUCACCCGAAAGGCUGUCCUCACAAUGGAAUGGAUUGAUGGAAUCAAACUAACAGAUGAAUUCAGAUUGAAGGAGGCCUUUUUAGACCGCAAGAAACUUAUUGACCAGGGAAUGCACUGCUCUUUGAGGCAACUGCUGGAGGUGGGAUUUUUCCAUGCUGAUCCUCAUCCUGGAAACCUUGUUGCUACUGCGGAUGGAUCGCUUGCUUAUUUUGACUUUGGAAUGAUGGGGGACAUUCCACGCCACUACCGUGUUGGGCUUAUUCAAGUGCUAGUGCACUUUGUUAAUCGGGACUCUCUGGGUUUGGCAAAUGACUUUCUUUCCUUGGGAUUUAUUCCUGAGGGGGUUGACAUAAAAGCAGUUUCGGAAGCCUUGCAAUCAUCCUUUGGCGAUGGGUCCAGACAAUCUCAAGAUUUCCAGGCCAUAAUGAACCAACUGUACGAUGUGAUGUAUGAGUUUAACUUCUACCUCCCGCCUGACUAUGCGCUGGUGAUAAGAGCACUGGGAUCCCUUGAAGGGACCGCAAAGGCUUUGGAUCCUGAUUUUAAAGUUGUUGAGAGUGCAUAUCCUUUUGUCAUUGGGAGACUUUUGGCAGACCCAACUCCUGAUAUGAGGAGAAUAUUGAUGGAACUUAUUAUUCGUAGUGAUGGUUCUAUAAGGUGGAAUCGGUUAGAACGGCUGAUAGCAGCAAUAGCUGAACAAGCUUCAGAGUCAGCUAGUGAAGCCACGAAACCUGAAGAUAAAUCGUCGAAUCCAUUGGGAUGGAAAUCCUUUGAUAUGCGUGCUGUUGUUUCUGCCACCGAAGAUGUUUUUCAAUUCAUACUCUCGGACAAGGGUUUGAGGGUUCGCAUUUUCCUUGCCCGGGACAUAAUAAAAGCAGCCGAUAUUUUUCUUCAAGAUGAGGUUGUUGAAUGGAUUUUCAACGACAAAGCUCAGUCAAGAGACACAUCAGAACCCGAGGGACACGCAAUGCUCAUGAGGGUGGUUAAUGGGUUAAAAUCUUUCCGGCACGCAAUAAACUUGGCACCGGAGAUGUGGACAGCUAUGCUUAUCCGCAUGGCAUUGAAACCGGAGGUCCAUAAAUUUGCAUUUGACAUCAUUUCAGCCUUAGUGAUCCAUUCUACGCACAAAGUUCCAGAGGCCUUGUGGAUUUGUAUAUCUGGAGUGUUGCACAAGGUGGUGGAAAAUGGUAGUAAUGUCGAUUGAUGCUUUAGGUCAAUCUUUCAUUUGUGCUCUUAUUUUUUAUUUAUUUUUGGUUCUAAUCCCUUUUUCCCCACUUUCCUACCGUCAAGAGGAAACCAAUUUUUUUUUAAUGAGAUGAAAUUUAGAUCAUUCGGAAAA